AUGGCAGCUCCCGCAUCUACGUACAAGGAUAGAGAGUUCCUUGCCGUGAUUGGAGAUGAGGACUCCGUAACUGGCUUGCUACUGGCAGGUAUUGGGCAUGUUACCCAACCGCCAGACUCGCAGAAGAACUUUCUGGUCGUUGAUAGCAAGACGGACAAUGCAACUAUCGAGGAGGCUUUCGAUAGAUUCACAACCCAGCGGAAGGAUAUUGGCAUCCUGCUGAUCAACCAGCAUAUUGCUGAGCGUAUACGCCACCGUGUCGAUACAUAUACCGCUGCCUUCCCCGCUUUACUCGAAAUACCGAGCAAGGACCAUCCAUACGACCCGGAGAAGGAUAGUGUACUGAGGAGAGUACGGCGGUUAUUUGGCGAAUAG